UCUGGGCGCUUGACACCGGAGGUAGGAACUACUUUUUCUCACUGUACAGAUGAGGAAACAGAACUUGAUUUAAAGCGAGGACACUUGUGCAAAUCCUUCACUAGGAAAUACAACAGUCUGGGAAACGGGGCACCCGGGAACCGUGCAUGCUCUGCGCCCUCUGGCGGAGCCUUAGCUGGCCUGGGGCGUCUCGCACACAUCGUGGUCCCGCAGGCACUAGCAGCAGGCAGGGUCCCCAGGUCCCUGGAGAGUUCACUGAGGCCCUCCCUACCCGCAGACGCGAAGACUCCCUUGUGGAAGAAGGAAUUGGAGGAAUCGUGGGACCGGGAGACGCCGCAGGAGCGAGUGGAAGACUCGGAGGAGGACGAAGAGCCCGGGACUGUGGAGAGCGCGGCCGGGGACGCAGUUGCGCUCGGCGCAGCAGACCAGGACGAUCGCCGCGAGCGGGGCUCGGUGUCCUACAGCCCGUUGCGCCAGGAGUCGAGCACCCAGGAGGUGGCGCUGCUGCGGCGCGCGGACUCCGGCUUCUGGGGCUGCUUCAGCCCCUUCGCUCUGUUCAGCAGCCUGAUGGCCCCCGCCGACAGGUGAGGCAAGCUCAGGGCGCCGGGGUACCGGGUGCCGAGCCCCAGAACGAGGGUUGCUGUGGCACUGAGCGCGCGGGUCCCUGCCCAUAGGAACCGCAGCCUCCCCGAGGAGCGGUGCGUGCUGGAGACGCCGCGUCUGCGGCCGAAGCGCGGGGGCUGUACGCGCUGCGAGAUCCUCUUUUGCAAGAAAUGCAGCACCCUGCAUAGCCACCCGGCCUACGUGGCACACUGUGUUCUGGAGCACCCGGAUCUGGGUAGGGCGGAGGCCACUGGGGGUUCUGAGCGCACUGACUCCCAGCCUUGGUGUCUUCCUUGCUUGCCUGACCCCCAACUUCCCUGAGGCGGAGCCCUCUCCGGCACGUGGCACAGAACUGUCCCCUCUCCUAGCCAUUAGCCCAAGCGCCCUCAUCAGGCGAGAAGCCAUUGUUGAUGCAGGUUUCCCACCUGUCAUCUGCCAGGCUUCAGCCAUACAGAGCCUGGAAUAACUGGGCACGUGCGACACUGGCAGCACCCAGCCUGCAGCCCAUUCGACCCUGGUUUCUGACGCAGCCUUACGCAUAUCUCGAAGAUGGGCAGACAUCGCUUCAGGGAAGUAACCUCGGGGUUCCCUGGUGCCACUAAGCUGCUGCCCUCUCCCCUCAGGGCAUUCAAUAAAACCUCUCAUCAAAGUG